UCCAGCAAAUGACGUUAGGCGCCGCUGGGCUGUCGGAGUAGACGACCUCAGUUCUCCGUCUAGUCCUGCAGCUUCCGGGUGUGCGGCUGCGGCCAUUUUGAGCUUCGCUUCUUUGCGCUCUCGCCCUCCGCCCAGACCUUCCGUCUUUGCCUUUCGCGCCUCCUUGCGGGCCGCGGUCUCCGGAAACGCCGCCGCUUGUGGGGUCUUCUCUAUGGUGGAGCAGUCACACAGACACUAGGACGUCUCCUUCCCCAGCCGGGAUGGACGUAGCCGCGGUUGCCACCGCUUGCGCGAGCCCCCGGGCCGUACGGUACGCCGCUCGCUGCGCAAGCCGCCGCUCUCUCGGCCUCCUCUGCCGGCGCGGGAAUCGGACUGCAGGACCCACUCCGUGGCUGGGCAAGGCUGAGACUGUGUAGGUCUCGGAUCCUGCCCGCCCUGACGCCGCUGAGCUCCGUACUCCUGCCCGCCCGAGAAGCUGCCAAGGAAUGGAGAUGGAGACGGGAACACACAGGGCCCGGAAGCGGCCUGUCCCUCGGAUGGGCUCCUGGUUCCGGUUGCCCUUCCUUCGGCGAUCGCAAGCCGGCUCUUCCGAGUUCCCGACGCCUUCCUCUCGACAAAAUCCCGGGGACUCCUCCCUGCCCGAGCCUCGGACCAGGUAUUGGACCAAAUUGCUUUCCCAGCUCCUUGCUCUGCUCCCUAGCUUGCUCCAAAAGCUGCUUCUUUGGAGUCAGCUUUUCGGUGGCAUGAUUCCGACCAGAUGGCUAGAUUUUGCAGCAAGUUACGGCGCCCUGAGAGCUUUGAGAGGACGGGAGGAAUCUGCCGCUCCCACAGUGCAGAAGUCUUUGAGUUCACUGCGGCUAGACUCUUCGGAAGACUUGGUUGUCAGUUCUCUUGAUUGGGUAGAGGAGGGACUCCAGUGGCAGUCCUCAGACCUGGAGUUGAAACUCAAGGCCCAGGAAAAAGCUUUAGACUCUACUGCGCACACUUUCCUCCUGGAGCAGCAGCUGUGGGGAGUGGAGCUGCUGCCCAGUAGUUUUCAAGUCGGUCUAGUCUCCCCCCGAGAACUUGGCUCUUCUGGGCCUCUAAGCACUCAGAACUUAGGCAAUUUCAAGGUAGUUUCCUAUCUCCUGAACCCUUCCUACCUGGACUGCUUUCCCCAGUUAGAGCUGCGCUGUCAGAACAGCGUUGGAGCUGGCCAACUUGUGGAUUUCCGGACACUACCUCCAGAGGGCUGCUACCUCUCUGAAGACGGUUGUCACCCUCAGCCGUUGCGUGCAGAGAUGUCGGCCACCGCUUGGCGAAGGUGUCCGCCUCUCUCUACCACCGAAGGCCUGCCGGAAAUCCACCACCUUCGGAUGAAACGGCUAGAAUUCCUUCAGGCUAACAAAGGGCCAGAGUUACCCACCCCAGACCAAGAUAAUGGCUAUCAUAGUCUGGAGGAGGAACACAGCCUUCUCCGGAUGGGCCCACAGCAUUGCACCGAUAACCCAGCACAGGCGGUGUCCCCUGCUGGAGCCAUCCCGGAGCCCACUGAGAAAAAAAUAGAAUUGGUGAUUCAAGAAGUUUCACAGAGCCCCCAGGGAAGCAGUCUGUCUUGCGAGUUACCUGUGGAAAAAGAAUGUGAAGAGGACCACACUAAUGUAGUUGACUACUCAGAUAUAGUAGAUAACCUUCCUGUUUCUACCAGACCAGUUUGUAGCAACAAACUGAUAGAUUAUAUUUUGGGGGGCGCCUCCAGUGACUUGGAAAGCAGCUCUGAGUCUGAAAGUGAGGACUGGGAUGAGGAACCUGAGGAUGAUGGAUUUGAUAGCGAUGGCUCCCUGUCUGAAUCAGACGUGGAGCAGGACUCCGAAGGGCUUCACCUUUGGAACUCUUUCUACAGUGUAGAUCCUUACAACCCCCAAAACUUUACAGCCACAAUUCAGACUGCUGCCCGAAUUGCCCCCAGAGACCCAUCUGAUUCGGGGAAGUCCUGGCCUGCCAACUCUGAUGUAGAGAGUUCUGGAGAGGGACCCCUCCCAGAGACCCCUGACCAUAGUUCUGGGGAGGAGGAGGACUGGGAGUCCAGUGCAGACGAAGCCGAGAACCUUAGACUGUGGAACUCUUUCUGUAAUUCUGAGGACCCCUACAACCUCUUAAAUUUUAAGGCUCCUUUUCAAACAUCAGGGGAGAACUGGAAAAGCUGUCAGGACUCAAAGGCAUCUUCUGAGGCCACGGUGACCUUUUCUGGGCAUCAUACCUUACUUUCUUGCAAGGCACAACUGUUAGAGAGCCAAGAAGAUAAUUGUCCAAGCUGUGGGCUGGGUGAGGCUCUUUCUGGAGAAAGAGACACCCAUAUCAAGAGAAAAAAGGUAACCUUCCUUGAAGAAGUUACUGAGUAUUAUAUAAGUGGUGAUGAGGAUCGCAAAGGACCAUGGGAAGAAUUUGCAAGAGAUGGAUGCAGGUUCCAGAAACGAAUUCAAGAAACAGAAGUUGCCAUUGGCUACUGCUUGACGUUUGAGCACAGAGAAAGAAUGUUUAGCAGACUGCAGGAGCAUGUGUCAAAGGACUUACUGUUUGUUGUACAGCAAUGUUAAGACGAGUGAACAGCCUGUAGCCCUCGCCUGCUCUGUCUCUUACUUGAGAGGUUUCUUUUUAAAAACAAACACUGGCAGCUGUCCUCGGACAUGUUUUCAAAGAAACAGCUUGUAUCUAGUGAUGUAGUUUAAUUAUUUUGGGUUAUUGUGUCACUUUAGAAACACCAACUCCGAUAAUGAAGGAUCUCUAAUCAUUAAUCCUCUUUUCCUAUUUGGAUGUGGAUUUUGUCUUUUUGAGAGGGUCUCACUGCAUAAUUCUGGUUGGCCUAGGUCUAUGUAUGUAGACCAGGUUAGCCUUGAAAUUACUAUCUUCUUGCUUGUUUUCUGUGCCACGGUACCCAGCUGAAGUGUUUUUAAAUAUCUUCUGCUUACCUGGGGUGAUAAUUUGAUUUUGCACUUUAAAAACGUUUCUUUUGGAGGCAGAAGCCUGUCUAGUUUCCAUACAAGCUCCAGGCCAGCUAGGGCUAUGUGGGGAGACCCAGUCUGAGAGGACAAACAGCAAAACGAAACUGUCAGGCUACUGUGGAGAAUGAGGCAGGAGGGUAGAAAGUUCUAAGUCUGCCUGGAACUCUGAACUCAGAAUGAACUCAAGGCCAGUGUGGGGAGUUUAUUUAGCAAGACCUCUUUAUUUAAAAAAAAAAAAAGAGGCUGGGGAUAUAGCUCAGUAACAGAGGGCUCCUGCCUAAGACUGCAAGGCCCUGGGUUCAGUUCCCAGUACUGCAAAGAGAAAGAAAAAAAUAUUGUCUCAGAUAACUAAGGUUUAGGCCUCAUUCAGUUCUAACUCCAGCUAUGUACACUUAUCUGAAAACUUUGGGUUUUUUUGUGCUUUUUCUCUUCUAAACUUAAUGGGCGUUAUGAUUUUGUUUUUGUGUGUUUUUAUGUCUGUUAUAUUUCGAGGUGGGGAUUGAGGCAGGGUCCCACUGUGGCCGUCUUCCUGCUUCAGGAAGGAACUAUGUGUUGAACUAUGCUUGUGUUUUUGGUUUGCUUGUGUUUAGUGUUUUUUGUUUUACUUGCAUAGAUUUGACCUAUUUAAGGCUAAAACCUGUUGUUACCAACCUGACAUUCUCUUCGGCAGUGGAUUCUCUCCCUCUUUUUUUAGAGACAGUCCUGCGUAGUCUAGGCUGGCCUUGAACUCAUUACUUAGCCAAGGAUGACUUUGAAAGAUCCUCUUGUCCUCUUGUUUGGAUUGCACAUGGCAUGUGUCGUACAUGCAGAUUUUUUUCUGUAUCUAGGUAUAUUUAUUUCCAAGGACUGCUGCAGACCCACAAGGGCAGUACCUUCCUGACUGGGAAAGCCGGGUUGGUUUACUUUUUAGAGACACAGCCCCCAAUGCCCAGCUAGUCUGCCAAACUUUAACAUCUAGUAUAUUUGGUUUCUGUGCAAACUGGCCAUUCGGAAGGUGUUCUAGUUCCAGUUGAAUGUGACUCUUUGUAGCUUUCAAGAAUGGGUAGAAAUUGUAAAGCACUCUAGGAAGUAAUCAUUGCAUUGUUGACAUUUUUUUUCUUUAACUUAGAAUUCUAGAAUUUUUCUAGGAGGUCUAUGGGAGACAUCUCAGAAAUAAUAAAGUUUUGUUGUAUGUAUCUUAAAACCAGUGUUAGCUAUACCCUGCCUCAGCACUGGCACUUUUCAAACCUGUCUUGGUAACACUGUGAACUUGGAUCGUACAGUUCUGAGUUUUCAAGUGUGAAAUGUCAAAUACAAAGGUCAAUAUCCAGGCUUGUUGUGUUCUGCCUUAUAUAGAGAAGCAAAGCAGGAAACAUAGAUAGAGCAGCCAGAAAGUCUCAGUGUCCGCCCCAAAGCUUGCUUUUGAUUGGUGUGUUGAUUAGGUACACUUGGUUUGUUUAGUUAGCUUCAAUUGUUGUGCAUGGGCUAGGUUGAGGUAAUGAGUGACCAACUCUUUAGUGGUUACAUGCACAAUAGAGAGAAUUGGUUAUGGAGAUGAGCUUUCCAGAAGAACGGGCAGGGUAACUACCUCAGUUUAUAAUCUCUCUGGUUAUUUCCGUUUGAUGUGCUCCAAGGUCUGCCUGAGUGGUGACAUUGGUCAUCCACACACAGUAUAAGAGUGCAGCACCAGAAACGCUGGUCUUGUUUUUGAGAACCCUCAUUUCUGUGUAUUUUGUGUACCCGCCUUUAGUGGACUCCAGAGUGCAUUGCAGAGUCUGGAAUAGUGCUGUGGCCAUGGGCUAGAGAAGCUGUGUUGUUUGGAAAGCAGGCAUGUUGACUUUAGGAAGAAAAACUGACAGUGUGUAGACAUUUCCUUUAAAACCAGACUGCAGCUUAACAACACUUGAUUUCAGGCCAUGAGGUGGUUGUUAUGCUUUUGAGACCCAGCACCUGUAUAUUUGCAAGAACAGGAAUAGGUCAUCUGUGCAUUCAUGGGGUGUUUGAGAUGUUUGAAAGUUUCCGAUUACACCUUCACUAUCAAAUGAAUAAAUGACUGGUUAAAAUAAUCAUGCCUGCAGACAUGGCCAGAUGGUGGCAAGGGCAGAAGGAGAAAAACAAAAUGUCAUUGUCAUCCCAGUCCCUUGAACACCUCCAAGGCCAGGCAGGCAUAGUGGCCCUAGCUGAAUAAUUUACACAUUCAAAGCCUUGCAGUGGUGCUGUAGACCUGUGUAGCAUGUGAGGCUCUGUACAGGUGGGGACCCACACUUCUGAGUACGGAAAUGUGGCAACCCUUUAACUUGAAAUUAAUACCGUCAGAUUUUAUUUUUUAUAAUUUAAGAAAGGUAGAGUUGGGGAAUGAGAUUUUUGAGUUGGCUUCUUCAAAUCAGUCAUUUUACAUGUAACUAGUGGAGAUUUUAUAGCUCAGAUUAUAUUUGUAUAUAACUAAUCUGUAAAUUGUAAUAAAAUAUAUUUGCAAUUA